CCUAUCCUUAAGUCCCAAAGCACGCACUAUCAGCAAAGUCAAGGCGCGUACGCAUUUCUCCGCCCCCACCGCGCGCGCCGGCGCUGCAUUAUCGUGAUCUACAUAAUAUAUAAAACCAUACCACUGUGCCAUUGACAUCAAUCAAUUGCAGAAAGCAAAACAGCCAAAAUGUUCAGCAAAAUCGUAGCUUUCGGCGCCCUCUUGGCCGCGGCCAGCGCUGGCCACCUCGGUUACGGCCACGCUGUGUCUUCCCAGAGCAUCGUCCGCCACGACGAGGGUCACUAUGCCCCAGCCCACUAUGCCGCCCCGGCUCACUACGCCCCGGUUCACUACGCUGCUCCCGUAGUCCACGCCGCCCCUAUUGCUCACUACGCUGCCCCUAUCGCCGCCUACGCCCCUGUUGCUCAUUACGAUGGGCAUGAUGAAUACGCCCACCCCAAAUACGACUACGCAUACUCCGUAUCGGACCCGCACACCGGCGACCACAAGUCACAGCACGAGUCGCGCGACGGCGACGCCGUGCACGGCUACUACGAGCUGGUGCAGCCCGACGGCUCCGUGCGCAAGGUCGAGUACACCGCUGAUGACCACAAUGGUUUCAACGCGGUGGUGCAUAACUCUGCCCCCACCAUCCACGCUGCCCCUGCCCACGACUAUCAUCAUUAUUAAAAGGAAUAAGCAUCGAGUUAUUUAUU